GUCAUGUGAUUCAAUAAAGAAUCACGUGAGCCCCAUCGACCCAUUCCGCACCUUGCGAUGUUCGCUCUGGCUCCGUCCAUCCCCGAUCGUCCACUCCCUCCACUCUGUACCACAAGAUGUACGCCUCCUCCGCUGUCCGCGCCCGACUGGCCACCGUCGCUGCCCGUCGUGGCUUCUCCACCACUCGCGCCCAGCUCGGCAGCCCCUACCACUACGCCGAGGGUCCUCGCUCCAACAUCCCCUUCAACCCCCUGACCAAGCACUUUUUCUGGCGCUACUGGGCUUUCAUGGUUACCGGAUUCGGUGCCCCCUUCGCCAUUGCCGUCUGGCAAACCUACAAGACCAAAUAAGCUGCUCUAUACGUCUUCUCGCGUGUUCGCAGUGCGGCAGGCUGAUCAGUGGAAAUCUUGGAUCGCGGACUACAGCUGUUGAAAUAUCAUGUACAAAGUUAGAGGACAACGUUGAAGUUUGAUUUUGCCCGAAAUUA